UCUACGGUCGUCGAUCUUGUAAGUUUGACUCACUGUGUUAGUGAUGUCGAGUGUCAGUCCUGGUUUCGUUCUUCUGGCUUUCACUCUGUUGCGUCUCCUGGUUCUCAAAAGUCGUGUGGUUGUAUCAUCCUUUUUCGUCCUUGUCUGUCCCUUGUCAACUCUUCGUUUGAUGAUGCUGGUCGUUUUGUGUUGUGUGAAUUCCGCUUCCAUGGCAAAUUGUUUCGUGUAGUCUCCUUGUAUGCCCCCAAUCUCAAUCCUGCAAGAGACCAAUUUCUUGAGCUGGUUCCUUCUUGGGUUGAUCCUGCAAUCCCCACAGUUGUGUGUGGAGAUUUUAACACCGCUUUUGAUCGUUCGCUUGAUCGUGCGGGAUCUGUGGCUUCUGACACCUCUAGGGAGAGUUCUUCUACUCUCUCUUGGCUCUUUGAUGAAUGUUGUGUCGUUGACGCCUGGCGUUACAAACACCCCUCCUCCUCUGGUUACACCUGGAUGAGUCCGGACGGCUCUGUUUCCUCUCGUAUUGAUCUCGUUGGUUGUCCGUAUGUGUGGGUCCCUUCUGUUUCGUCGUGUGAAAUUGUUCCGUGUCCGUUCUCCGACCAUUGUGCUGUUCUUUUGUGUGUCACUGUUCCGGAUGUCGUUCCCCCGGGUCCCGGGCUGUGGAAGUUGAAUAUCUCCAUUUUGGAGGAGGUCGAAUAUGUUCGCCAGGUUGAAAACUUCUGGUCCCGCUGGCGUGACCAGAAGGAUCGUUUUCCUUCCCUGGCUAAGUGGUGGGAGGCUGGCAAAUCUCGUAUCAAGGGUCUCUCUAUCAACUAUUGUUGCUCGAAGUCAUCUGAUACUGCGAUAAAGAGAGACCUUCUCUCUAGGCUUGCCAUUCAUCUUAAGGAGCGUGUUGAUGGUGGAAUCCUGUCUCUGGUUGGGCCGUACCAGUCGAUACUGCAACAGCUGGCUGAACUUGAUGUGUGGGUGGCGAGGGGUGCUCAAGUGUGUGCAAGGGCGCGCUAGAUUGAGGAGGGUGAAUCCUCCAGCUCCUAUUUUUUUCGUUUGGAGAAAAAGCGUGGGGUGGAUCGCCACAUAGCUGCAAAGCGGACUGUUGAUGGUCGAAUUGUUGUGUCCCCCGAGGACCUUUGUGGUUCAUUCUCUUCUUUUUAUUCAUCCCUCUUUUCUGCUGAGCCCACUGAUGCUGACGCGCAGGAGUCCCUGCUUGAUAACAUCGAGUCAUCUUUGUCUACCAUUCAAUCGGAGUCUUGUGAAGGUUUGUUGUCUGUUGAGGAGUGUUUUGAGGCGUUGUCUGGGAUGGCCAAGCUCAAGGCUCCGGGCUUGGAUGGCCUCCCAGCUGAAUUCUAUCUUAAGUUUUGGCAUGUUCUGGGGCAGGACCUCGUUCAUGUCCUCAACUCGUGCUAUACUGCUGGUUCCUUGACCGUCUGGAUAUGCGGAACUGGCGUCCCAUAUCCCUCUUGAAUGUGGACUACAAGCUGGCUGCGCGCACUAUUGCAGCUAGGUUGCUAAACGUCAUUCAUCUUGUGGUCGCUGAGGACCAGACUUGUGGGGUUCCGGGGAGAUACAUCGGCGAGAAUGUCGCUUUUCUCCGUGAUGUGGUAUCUUAUGCCACUAUGUUUGACUCUCCUGUGGUCAUUUUGUCUCUCGAUCAGGGGAAGGCCUUUGAUAGGGUGGAUUGGUCCUUUAUGUAUGCCACUCUUCGGAAAAUGGGGUUUGGCACUUCUUUUCUUCAGUGGGUUAACUUGUGUUAUACUGGCGUCCAAAGUUCUGUUAAUGUGAAUGGCUAUCUUUCUCCUUUCUUUUCUUUGUCUCGUGGCGUCCGUCAGGGCUGCCCUCUGUCUCCUCUCGUGUAUGUUCUCGUUGCUGAGGUGCUUGCGUGUAAUAUUCGUGCUAAUCCACGUAUCAAAGGCCUUUGUCUCCCCGGGUCGUCAGACCCUUUGUCCCCGAUCUCUCAGUAUGCCGAUGACACGUCACUGGUUGUCUGUACCGAUGAGGCUAUUCGUGCCUGUUUUGCUGUUUAUGAUACAUAUGAGCGCGGCUCUGGCUCUAAGCUUAAUCUGUCUUAG